AUGCCCACUUGGGGGGGCGGGGAUCUUCCUGGCAAGACCACAUAUGCAAAGCUUGAAGACAGGACUGUGCUUGGAGCAGUAAAGGAACAGCAAGGAGGCCAAGUGGAACCAACAAACAAGAAUUACAACAAACCGAAGAACAAGAAAAGCAAGACUGCGGCCUCUGCUCUGAAACUCUUAGGUAAUAAAGUUAAUGACGACCUAGAGCAAAGACAAGAGCAGAAUCCCAGUGGCCAGCAACUUCCAUGCAAAGCCGCACACGUGGGACGGAGAGCGCUCAGAAUCCAGCAGCGGGAGGCAUUCCACGCGGGCGAGCCAGAGGGCCCCCCCCCCCCGCACGGCCUGUUCACGUUCUCCACCAAUUUCCCGAGAGCUGGCUCGGCGGCCUCCACCCGGCGAGGUGUGUCUGUGCUUCCCACGGCCCCGCUCCAGCUGCCGAAAGGAGACGCAGUAAGCGAUCCCGCGCGUCACACCGGCGACGAGGAGACGCGGUCACCGCCUUCCCACCGGGAAUGUCCAUCCAACCUGGCAGGUCGGGGGCGGGACUCGCCCGCGGGCCCCACCCAGCCACCCCCAUUGGCCGAGGCCUCCAGGGGGCGGGGUCAGCGCCGCUCUGUGGGAACCCGGGUCCCGGCGGUGGCGGAGAAGCCCCGGUGGGUGUGGGAGCGAGCGCCUGGCCCCGGGAAGCCCUGCCUGGGGGCCAUGGGGGGGAGAGGUGAGGCUGCCGCCCGGAGAGCCCUUGCCGAGAAGUCUCAUCUGAGAAAGACGCCUGCAGCCACUCUGACUCACUUCCAGAGUCCUCUGUCGCCGUCAUCCAGUGGCCAGAGGGCGUGCCCGGACCGGAGUCCGUGCUGCGCCCUCCGUGGCUGCGAAAGGUCAGGCGCCCCGGACCGCGGGGGGAGCGCCGGGACCCGCCUGGGCCGCCCACAUCUCUCACUUCCAGAUGAGAAGUCCCCGGUCCCACUUGUCUCGUCUGACUCGUUGUGCAGUCACUUCUUGGGCUGCUUGAAGCGAGAGCCCAACCGGGAGGAGAGGAGAACUGGGCACAGUCAUGAGUCGGUUUCGUACUGCUCGCUGGGCUGGGGUUUCAGCCCCUGCCCGCGCCCAGGCUACGUGCUGUCUUUGGUCUGUCCAAACUCCUCCCAGGCUUGGUGUGAGAUCACAAAUGUGUCACAGCUGCUGGCUUCUCCUGUCCUCUACAGGGACCUGAAUUCCAGCCUAACCAACUUGAGCAUUUCUGCAAAUGUAGAAAACAAAUACAGUCUUUAUGUGGGCCUGGGCCUGGCUGUAAGUUCCAGUAUUUUUAUUGGCUCCAGCUUCAUAUUGAAAAAGAAGGGCCUCUUGCAACUGGCCAACAAGGGCGUUACUAGAGCUGGUCAAGGUGGACAUUCCUACCUCAAGGAAUGGCUCUGGUGGGCAGGAUUACUCUCAAUGGGAGCCGGGGAGGCUGCAAACUUCGCAGCUUAUGCUUUUGCACCCGCCACGCUGGUCACGCCACUGGGCGCGCUGAGUGUUCUCAUCAGUGCAAUAUUAUCUUCCUAUUUUUUAAAUGAGCACUUGAACAUUCAUGGGAAAAUAGGCUGCGUAUUAAGUAUAUUGGGGUCAACUGUGAUGGUUAUCCAUGCCCCACAAGAAGAGGAAGUCGCUUCUUUGCAUGAAAUGGAAAUGAAAUUGAGAGACCCAGGAUUCAUUUCCUUUGCUGUGAUCAUUACCAUGAUCGCCUUGGUGCUGAUUUUGAUCGUGGCUCCCAAGAAAGGACAGACCAACAUAUUAGUCUACAUUUCAAUCUGCUCGUUGAUUGGAGCAUUUUCAGUUUCUUCUGUGAAGGGCCUGGGAAUCGCCAUUAAAGAACUAUUGGAAUGGAAGCCAGUUUAUAAGAACCCCCUGGUCUUUGUUUUGCUGGCUGUGCUUGUGCUUUCAGUGACGACACAGAUUAACUAUCUCAACAAGGCCCUAGACACCUUUAAUACAUCUCUUGUGACUCCCAUUUACUAUGUGUUCUUUACGACCAUGGUAGUGAUGUGCUCCGCCAUCUUGUUCCAAGAAUGGUAUGGCAUGAGAGCUGGAGAUAUCAUCGGGACCCUGAGUGGGUUCUUCACCAUUAUCAAUGGCAUCUUCCUUCUACAUGCUUUUAAAAACACAGACAUCACCUGGAGUGACCUGACAUCCACUCAGAAAGAAGCCCUCUCUCUGAAUGGCAAUGAAGACAAGUAUGUCUUACUAGAGAAUAUAGAAUGUUCAACCUCGGGAUAUGAGGAUGACAUUACCUUGUUUAGCAGGACUCGUGAAUGAUCAAAGUCUCUACAAACACUGGGCUUGAACCAUGAAGAGACACUUGGAGAGGAGAAGGAAUACCUGCAGAACUAUUAGGAAAGCUGACAUUUUUAAGGUCCUAACUAAUAAUUUAGAUGUAAGGCCAAAUAAAAAUGCCUUCAUUUUUGGCCAUCAUCUUUGAAAAAUCAAGAUUUUGAUCAUCCUCCAGAAGACUUCUGUUGUUUCUCAUUUCUGCAAACUUGAAAUCUCUUUCCUUCUGGUCGCAGUAUAUUUGGCCCGGCCAGGUGGUUCUUCAUUUCAUUGGCUGCUAGUCUUGGUUUCAUAGUAAUUAAUAAACUUAACUGUGUGCUGAUAAGCAGAGUAUCAGUCACUCUCUGAUGAGUCAUAGUUUCAAAUUAUUGAAACUGAGAAGUGAGAUCACUGAGGCUUUCCCUUCCCUUCCAACUUCAUUUAGCUAAACUAGAUGGUAGCUGAAGGGUAGAGUGUUAAAGAGAAGAAUAGGCCGGCUCUGGAAAUCUGCUCCUGGUGUGUUAGAAUGCAAAGAAAUAUGUGUCCAUGAAGAGCUUAUGGAUUGUAAUUGUAAUUUAUUGACAUAUCAUAGAAGUUUAUUACAAAGUAAAAAGGGGAGAAUGGAGGAGGGAAAUAUUUAUACCUUAAGUAAAGGAAACACUUUUUUUUCUUUUUACUAAAAGAAACACAAAUGAUUGUGUUCAUGAGUUCUUUUAACUCAGACCUGAACAACAUAAGACAAAAUUGAGUUUUUGGAGACAUCUAGGUGAGUUUAGUUUGGAAAUCCUUGUAUUCAUUUUAUUCCUUGAUUUUACCAUUUUUUUCUUACUGAUAUGAAGAUUUUUGUAAAGCAAUUGCUACAUUAUUUUAGGAUGAUAUUAUACACUUCAGUUUUUCUCAAAUGUUUAAUUCCCAAAGGUUGGUUUUUCCACAAACUAUUUGGAAACAACUAGAAGAAUCUUUGUGAAAAACCUGAAUGAGUUAUAAUAAUCAUCCUCUUGAAAUUGAGCACUUUCCAGCUUAUUAAGGAAAUUAUAAUUAGUUACAAACCUUUUUGAAAAUAUACAUAACCUACCACAAUAAUUGGUAGAUUGUCUCUUUCUGUUGACUCUCACGCUGACCAUGUUUUCCAUAUAUUUUACCUAUAAGUGUUUUGGAAGAAUAAGAAGGGGAGUUAGCUUCCUAGAAAACAAAAUAUUAAGACCUCAGGAACUACUGCCAGAAAAAAAAAUUUUGUAUUGAAACUUGCAUAAAGUGUUCCUGUCUCCAAGUGCAUAGCAGGAAUAACACUUUUGGUGGCCUUUAAUGUUUAUGGACAGAUUUCUGAUCACUCGUUGAUUUAAUAGAAAAGGAGAAAUUAGCUGCCUUCUAAACUUACUUCUCUCAAAACAAAACAAAAAUCCUAACCCCAAAAAACUGUGGCAUUCAAAAGAGAAAAACCCUCCUGGUGAACUGGAUUUAUCUGUUCUAACAUCAAAGGUCUGUGAUGUUGUUUGUUUGCAAUCUAGCUCAUGUCUACCCUGGGUAAUAAUAGACAAUUCUGUUAUUCAGAAUUCUGUUAAACUGAUGUUAGCACUUUAUCAGUUCUACUGAACUAUCACUGAUUUCACAGUGACAACCUGAGGUGACUGCCAAGUCCUAAAGUACUGUUAUCAUCUCUUCAGCAGUUUAGUGUUGAGUGCAACUCAGUGUGUUCUAAAUUUCUGAAAACUGAUAACCCAUGGAAGAUACAUGGGUUGAUACCUCAGAUCAAAUAUGUGUUUACUCUGUUGACUGCUGUUUCACUGUAAUUGUAUAUCAGAUAUAUAAGCUAUGAACACAAAUUUGUAGGAAAAGGUAGUGUUUGAAAAAUGUAGACAUGCUUUUACUUUUUUUUUUCUAUUGAAAACUUUAUUGGUUUAUCCUUCUUGGUGAGGAAAUUCACUGAUGCUGUGAAUUUCAGUGUCAGAUGUUUCUUAAAUGUCACCUGUUACAAAGCUUUGCCCUUGGUGUAUUGUGUUCAGGUUGAAGGUUCUUGGAACACAAGAACCAUGUGUACCCUGGGUUAGAAAAUAAACUGGUGUUGACAUAUAAGCCCGGGAGAAAGACUGAAAAAAAUUUAACGAGUUGAAAUAUGUUGAGAAACAAUGAAAUAUUUCACAUACUCUAAAAAUCCCUGGUGGGCUUCUUCAAUAUGCAUUGAAAAACUAAAAUGUUAUUGCAAACCUUAAACUCAGAAUAAAUUUCUCCAAAUAGGGAUAUAUUGUCUGAGGAGGAAUAAAAAGCCGGAUCCCCAUUUUCAGACUAACCAUGUUAGUCUUAACUGGAAGUUUCAUAUAUCUAUAUAUUUAAAAUAUAUACUUUCUUUAUCUCAUAUCGAUGAUAUCUGAAGGUUUAUUAUGUGAAUAUCUGCACUUGUGUUGUUAAGGAUUACAAAGUUGUCCUCACACAGCCAAAUUGAAAGCUUUUCCUAAUUCUGUAAACAUAAUACUUUCAUUUUAUUUUUGGUCUUGUAAAUUGUAUUCUUAGGUUAAUGGUUAAUGAUUUUAUUUUUAGUUCAGAUUGCAAAAUAUUCAUAAAACUGUUUAGCUUUAGCAACAUAAAAUUAACACCUUUCUUUUAUUUUAAGGGUACUAAAUUAAAUACAUGGAAAGCAUCCUACAUCAUGUCUGAUAGAUGAGACAAUUAAUAAAAUUUAGUUCUCUUUGAAUCAA